AUGGCGACACCAGUAGCCGAUUGGCGCAGCAAUAGAGCUGCGGUUCAGGAAACAAACGACGACGCUUCCGCCAGCAAACUGUCUUGUGUUAAAAAGGGAUACAUGAAGGAUGACUACGUUCAUCUGUUUGUAAAAAAGCCAGUGCUGCGAUCUCCAAUAAUUAAUCGUGGAUAUUUUGCUCGGUAUGCGGCAGUCAGAAAGCUUCUUCAUCAAUUUCUUAAUUGUGAAAUAGACACUGAUGUGCAAGGUAACGCCAAGAAGCAAAUACUGUCACUUGGAGCUGGCUUUGAUACUACAUAUUUUCAGUUGCAGGAUGAAGGGAAAGCGCCUUAUCUGUAUGUGGAACUAGACUUCAAAGAGGUGACCAGUAAGAAAGCUGCUCUUAUUGAAACCUGCAGUCAAUUGAGGGAUAAAGUUGGUGAAACUGCAUCAAUUUCUCACAAUAAAGGGGAAGUGCUUAGCGAUCACUACAAAUUACUUCCUGUUGACUUGCGUGAUUUACAAAAGCUAGACGAUAUUGUUACUUUAGCUAAUAUUGAUCUCAGUUUGCCAACAUUUAUAAUUGCAGAAUGCGUUCUUAUAUACUUGGAUCCAGAUUCAAGCCGCAGUAUAGUCGGAUGGGCAUCUAAGACAUUUUCUACAGCUGUAUUCUUCUUAUAUGAGCAGAUUCAUCCAGAUGACGCAUUUGGGCAACAGAUGAUUAGAAAUCUGGAGAGUCGUGGUUGUGCGCUAUUGGGCAUUUAUGCUACACCGACUUUGCUUGCUAAGGAGAAACUUCUUCUUGAUCAAGGAUGGCAGAGAGCUGUUGCCUGGGACAUGCUGAGAGUGUACAGUAACUUCAUUGAAGCCCAGGAAAAACACAGGAUUGAACGGUUGGAGUUGUUCGAUGAGUUUGAAGAGUGGUACAUGCUGCAGGAGCAUUACUGUGUGGCCUAUGCAAUUAACGAUACAAUGGGUCUGUUUGAGAAAUUUGGUUUCCCUGAAAAUGAGACGGGAACGGCAGUUGCAACAUCCCCAUGA